CACGUGAAGAGUAAUGGACGAUCUCGCAUCGGAGCUGCCUCUAAAAGAGUACCCAAAACGGAUCUCUCCAAGAGAGCCUGCUUCCACUGCGAACGAUGAGGAGACUCGCGGAGAUCAUCGUAUCUCUUCUUCUUCUCCUUCUCUCAUGCCUCCUUCCGUCCGCCAUCGCUGGUCCCUCCGGCCCUGGGGAUGGGUACACCGUAGCAGGUCGCGUGAAGUUGGAAGGUGCAACAUCCAAAGGUUUUACUCCUAUGAAAACUUCAAAUACAAAAGUGAUACUUAAUGGUGGUCAGAGGGUCACUUUUCUUAGAGCAGAUGGUUAUUUUUCAUUCCACAAUGUGCCAGCUGGGACUCAUCUUAUCGAAGUGUCCGCAAUGGACUAUUUCUUUUCACCGGUUCGGAUUGAUAUUAGUUCCAGAAAUCCUGGUAAGAUCCAGGCUGCACUGACAGAGAAUAAGAGGCUUCUGCAUGAGCUAGUUUUGGAGCCUUCAAGAGAAGAGCAGUAUUAUGAGAUAAGGGAACCUUUUUCCCUAAUGUCUCUAUUGAAAAGUCCCAUGGGUUUGAUGGUCGGUUUUAUGGUGAUAGUGAUGUUCCUCAUGCCGAAGUUGAUGGAGAAUAUGGAUCCAGAAGAAAUGAGAAGAGCCCAAGAGGAGAUGAGGGCGCAAGGGGUACCUUCUCUCUCCAGCUUGUUGCCUGGGAGGAGCAACUAGAUUGCAGAGUUUUGUAUGACUCAAGCUAGGCUUCGCCGAUGACUUGGCUAUCUGAACGCUUGGGAAGAAAUCAUGAGGCUUGGAACAAAAACUUCUAUUAAAAUUGGAAGCUUAAUGCUUUUGUUCUUGCGUUUAUCACAAUUAAUGUUAGUGGCUCGCCGUUUGCCCUAUGAAAUUGAUAGGAAUGAUGCAGUGAUAACAGAUUUCAUCACAACUAAGCAUAGAUUGCAAACUUUGAAAAACCUGAGGAUGAUAUCCACAAACUGAUUCUAAAAGUGAGAGUGAUUGCUUUA